UUUGCAGUACGCACAAGUUGAUGCUCCUCGAAACGCUUUAGAUCUGAUACCACCAACGCGAGGACGAUCUGUCUAGGUCCUGGUUGAAACCAAAAUGGCAGCAACCGAUGCUCAUACCCCUCUUCUUGGGGAAAUCACAUGUGGUUCUCUAUUGCAGAAGUUGCAGGAUAUUUGGGAUGAGGUCGGCGAGAGUGAUGAGGAGCGUGAUAAGAGGCUUCUUCAAAUAGAGCAGGACUGCUUGGAUGUGUAUAAAAGGAAAGUGGAGCAGGCUGCAAAUUCAAGGGCACAGCUUCUUAAGGCACUGUCAGAUGCCAAAGUUGAGCUCGCCAGUCUUCUGUCAGCUCUUGGAGAGAAAAGUUCGGCUGGAAUUUUGGUAUUGCAGCCAGGCAAGACUACAGGAACAAUCAAGGAACAACUUGCAGCCAUUGCUCCGGCACUUGAACUGCUGUGGAAGCAAAAAGAGGAAAGAAUAAAGGAGUUCUCGGAUGUACAGUCACAGAUUCAAAAUAUAUGUGGGGAAAUUGCAGGAACUUUGACUAUCAACGAUCAAAUGCCUGCAGUGGACGAGACUGAUUUAUCCCUGAAGAAAUUAGAUGAGUACCAAUCCCAUCUCCUAGAGCUUCAGAAGGAGAAGAGUGAUAGGCUACACAAGGUGCUUGAAUUUGUGAGCACAGUCCAUGAUCUCUGUGCCGUACUAGGGAUGGACUUCGUCAGUACGGUUACUGAAGUUCAUCCCAGCUUAAAUGACUCAACUGGUGUGCAGUCCAAAAGCAUUAGCAAUGAUACUUUAUCCAGACUGGCUAAGAGAGUUGUAACGCUGGAGGAAGAUAAGAAACAGAGGUUGCAGAAGCUUCAAGCACUAGCUUCCCAGCUAAUUGAUCUGUGGAAUUUGAUGGAUACCACAGAAGAAGAAAGAGCCCUAUUUGACCAUGUUACCUGUAACAUAGGAGCAUCUGUCGAUGAAGUAACAGUCCCAGGUGCUCUUGCUUUGGAUCUUAUCAAGCAGGCUGCGGUGGAAGUUGAAAGGCUCGAUCAACUUAAAUCCAGCAGGAUGAAGGAACUCGCUUUUAAGAAACAAGCUGAGCUCGAGGAUAUAUAUGCUGGUGCUCAUAUAGAAGUAGAUCCAGAGGCUGCCAGAGAAAGAAUUAUGGCGUUGAUUGAUUCUGGCAAUGUUGAGCCUGCUGAGUUACUAGCUGACAUGGAUGAUCAGAUAUCAAAAGCAAAAGAAGAAGCCAUCAGCAGAAAAGAAAUUCUGGACAAGGUUGAGAAGUGGAUGUCUGCUUGUGAAGAAGAGAGUUGGCUUGAAGACUAUAAUCGGGAUGAUAACAGGUAUAGUGCAAGUAGAGGUGCACACUUAAAUCUCAAGCGCGCUGAGAAGGCCCGAGUUCUUGUCAGCAAAAUUCCCGCCUUGGUUGACAGUUUGGUAGCGAAAACCCGUACCUGGGAGGAAGAUCGUGGUAUGUCAUUCAUGUAUGACGGCGUUCCUCUUCUUGCCAUGCUUGAUGAAUAUGCUCUUCUGAGGCAUGAAAGAGAAGAAGAGAAGCGAAGAUUAAGAGAUCAGAAGAAGUUCCAGGACCAGCAAAGUACAGAACAAGAAGCCAUUUUUGGGUCAAGGUCCAGUCCGGCUAAAUCGACCAGUGGAAAGAAGGUGGUCGGUGCACGUGGAAAUGGAGGUACCAACGGAACUCCUGGCCGACGGCUCUCUCUUAAUGCAUCCCAAAAUGGUGGCAGGUCCAUCAACAAAGAUGGGAAGAGGGAUGACACAAGACCUGUUGCUCCAGUGAAUUACGUAGCUGUAUCGAAAGAAGAAGCCGCUUCCCAUGUUUCCAGCACUGAACCAGUCCUAGUGUCUCCUUAACAAUAGGUGUUCUGUAACUGCACUGCCGUUAUCUGUAUUUGCCGCUAAGAUUUGUGUAGAGUUGCAAAUUGAGUAGAGAAAAUGAGAGGCUGUGUAAUUUAUGUAAGCGUUGAAUUCGUGCUCAGAUGCAGGAAAAUUUCAGUGGACUGUGGAGAAAAUAAUA